UGUCCCCUUCAAUCUCGGACCCCCUCCAUUCCCGGCGACAGCUAGACCCGACCCGCUUCGAGUCUCCGUUCUCUGGCGACCGACAUUCAAUGCUCCAUUUCGAGGGUUAGGGUUUCGAUUUUCCUUUUGUGGAAAUCAAUCGGAGAGUGAAAACCUAAAGAAAUCAAUGGGGGUUUUGAGGGACAACAGCAGCUGGUGCUUCUGCUCCGGUGGCGGCAAAUCGGAGAGAGUCCAAGGCGGCAUAUUUUCCGGCAAGUCUCCGGCGAUGGCCUCCAUCUCCGGAGGCGGAACUGGGUUCCUUAUCCACCGGAGUCUGCUGCUCACUACUCACGCCAAGAUCCCGGCGGCGGCGGAGGCGGCGGAGGUUCGAAUUCAUCGCGGCCGAGUUCGAGCUCGCUUGGUUCCUCACAGAUUUUUCAUCACUAGUUCUGUUCUUGAUCUCACAAUUGUGGGCCUUGACACUGUGGACACUGACUCAACUUCACAACAGGGCCACCAGCCUCAUUAUCUGAAGACCUGCUCUAAUCCAAAUCUUGAUUUAGGUAGCAAAGUCUAUUUGUUAGGGCAUACUGAUAAAAAGUAUGAACUCAUGGUUGGUGAAGGGAAAGUAGUAAUAGCCACUGACAACCUCAUCAAACUCUCAACUGAUGGGAUAUCAUGGUGUCCUGGAUCUGCAGGCUUUGACGUCCAAGGAAAUCUAGCAUUCAUGAUUUGUGAUCCCAUGAAGCUAGGGACAUCUCUCAUUGCAAAAUCUUCUACUUCUGCUUCUUCUUCGUCAUCAUUGUCAUGGAAAAAUGAUUCUCCUGUGCAAUUUGGGAUCCCCAUUCCUAUAAUCUGUGAUUGGUUAUACCAACACUGGGAAGGCAACUUGAAUGAGCUUAGCAAGCCCAAGCUACCCCUCAUCCGAUUGAUGUCUUCUGGACAUAAGAGUGAACAUUUGAGUGCAUCGUUCACCCAACGUCGAGUCUUCAAGGACACAAAAGGAGAGGCCGAUGAUUUCUUGUCAUCUUCACAUAUUGCUUCAAAACCUAGGUUUCCACUUGGAUCAAAUAACUCGUCCAAUGGAAAUGCAUCCCAUGAACAAGGUAUUCCAACUCCAGAGAUCUUUGAAUCUCCAAAGCUGACUUCAGGGCCAGUACGGAAAACAGAAAUCAUUCCUAGAGUGACAAGAUCUAUUGUUCUUCCAUUGCCUCUUAAACAAUUGUUUAUGGACUCAGAGGCGAACAAUAUUGAAGAAAGUAAAAGCCGAAAUCUGGCGAGCGAAAAUUCCAAUGAAGGUGAUUGUUGCAGUGAGGUGAUGUCUAGCUCGUCUCCGUUGGAAGCUUCUGCUGUACAAAAUGAUGCAGAUGGAUUUAGCAGUGGCGAGGAGACAAUGUACUCAGCUGAAACUAUGGAGAGCCGUAACUUUCCAAGCCCUAAAGGGAACAAAUUCCAGCAAGUUGGUCGGAGUCAGAGUUGUGUAAAUUCCAAUAGAUGGGGUUCUACUCAAAGAAACUCAUCAGCAAGAAAAGGAGCAGCAUUGCAGAAGCAGCAGAGUAUGAUUCCAAUGAGAAGAACACGUUCUCAUGGUUUGCCUCAGAGAAGCCAUGAUUAUUUCAGCCCUACUGUCUCAUCUACCAUGAAGAAGAGGAAUAGUUCUGAGCAGUCACUAAGGCCUCGGCAAACUGCUCCUCAGGCAUCUCCAAGAGUGAUGAUAAGAUGAAUAAAUUAAAACCAGCAAAGAAAGAAUCCUGACACUACACUAAAAGGUAAUUGUAAUCAGCAGUCUUCAAAUUUGUUAUACUGUCCAUCACAUCCGAAUGAAAAUGAGUCCUAUUAUUUAUAUGGUUUUGAGUCAUGAAAAAUGUCAUAUGGCCCAAAUGGCUUUCUUUUUGUUGUCAAAAGCUAUCAAGUCCUUGACAUGCUGGUUGAGAAUGACAUUUUGUGGCUCACAACUUCAGCAUAGCUCUAGAAUUUUCAUGCUUUAUGAGAUACUGAGAUUAUGAACUGUAGAUUGGCUUCUUCACCUAAUUGUGGUAUGUUUUUUUCCUGUUACAUCAUCCAAUAAGGUCAAGGUAUUGUCUACUUUGGAAUACAAUGUUAAUUGGUCAGAAAAUAUUGUGCG